UAUGCCAUUGACAAAUACAAUUUGCGUCGGAUAUUAAUUCUUGACUGGGAUGUGCACCAUGGCAACGGAACACAAGAAAUCUUCUCCGAAGACAACCGCGUGUUGUACAUGUCUAUUCAUCGUCACGAUGAGGGAAGAUUCUAUCCUAUGGGUGAGCCAAAGGAUUACAUGGAUGUUGGCGAAGGAAAGGGAAAAGGAUAUUCUGUAAACAUCCCAUGGAACCACGCCUACAUUGGAGAUGACGCGUACCGCGCAGCAUUUGCCAAGAUAGUCAUGCCGAUUGCCUACGAGUUCGGUCCCGAACUAGUUUUCAUCUCAUCGGGAUUUGACGCUGCUACUGGGGAUCCUCUUGGCGAGUACAAGGUUAGCGCUGACACGUUCGCGUUAAUGACCUAUCAGCUUAUGGGGCUGGCAGGAGGAAGACUCAUUGCCGUGCUCGAAGGA